AUGUGUUCUUUCAUGUUUACCGCCCUCUCGGUACUUGGCUUGGUAGCCAGUGUACGCUCCGAGGCCCAGUUCUCAAACCCAGCGACGUGGGACGCCGGACGCCGAGGACCCUUCUCUUCUAACGUGCUCAUACACUUUCUUACAGAACGCUUAGAGAAUCUGACCGAGCGGUCCACAACAUGGAGGGUUGACUUUGGCAAUGGCCGCUUCGACACGGACAUUGGAGCAGAACAUGCCAGGUUCUGGUUCGCCCUUUACGGCCCCGAAGAUAUCAUAGACAGAUCCGCGAGUGGGUCAAAGAGCUUGGUCGACUCUGUUUCUUUCAACGUGACCGUCCCCAAUUAUAAACCAGCCUCCGCGACGGCGAAGACGGCGAAGACGACCACGACCACGACCAAAGAGACCGCCACUUCGCCCGCCCCGAUCGAGACCGAGAGUGAAUCUGAUGCCACCAGUAUAAGCACAACGGCGACUUCCAGUCCGACAGAGUCAGUUGGCGCGGAUGUUGCGGACAAGGAAGAAGACAAAGAGACGGGUCUUUCAGCUGGGGCUGCAGCUGGUAUUGGAGUCGGUGCAUCAGUCGGUGGAAUCGCAAUACUGGGUGCCAUUGGUUCUUCAUCUGGAGGCACUUGA